AUGAGCUCAGGUGAUGAACAGCAGCCCCUCAUUUCACGAAAGAUCGGGCACUUUCUAAAAUGCAUUAGCACAGGAGGAGAGGCGGCUGCAAAUGGAAGGCAAAGCCCCUCUGGCAAUCCAUUUGCUGUGGCUCAAGAACUAGCCGAAGAACGGCGACGUAAACGUGGUAUUGAUUCUUCUGCAGUUACUCCUAAGAGAGCGUCAUGUACACCUGAUGGCUCUGUCCUUAAAAAUGACAUCAAGCAGAAAUUAGCCAAAGAACGAAGAGAAGAGCGGAAACGUCAGCAAGAAGCCAACAAGGAAAAACAACUGCUUGAGAAAGAACAAAAGGCUAAGCUGCAAUACGAAAAACAGUUGGAAGAAAAACACCGAAAACUCAAGGAACAAAAGGAAAAGGACGAGCGACGCCGAGUAUCUGCAGAAGAAAAAAGAAAACAGAAACUGGCGGAAGACAAAGAAAAAUUUAAGGCUGUUGUGUCUCGUACAAUGGAACGCUGCAACCGCGUUGAUCAACGCCAGAAGAGGUGGUCGUGGGAGGUCGGUGCGAUCAACACUGACAAAUCUGGAAAAACAGAAAGUAAACGAAGUUCCUCUCUGAAUAGAAAAGAUAACCAAUUACAUCCCAGUGCUGAGGUGGAACACGUAGACAACACGCCUGGCAUGACCAAAUAUGUUUUCCGCUAUGUGACUGUACCAAUGUUUACUAGUGAUGAGCUAAAAUCUUCUGCAAUGUUCGGUAAGUCAUCAGUAAAAGUGCCAGUUCCAAGAAAAUCAGAAGUAACACCAACAAAGAAAAUAGGAACACCCCUCCAGGAAUAUGUGGAAAGAGCAAUAGACAUUCCUGCAGAAACACCACCCCAGAUGAGCAUGGAAACAUUCUCUCAGGAAACACCUUCUCAGGCAAAUGUGGAUGAGCCAUCUCAUGUAGAAACAGCUAACCUGGAAAUGGCAUUCCAGAACGUGGAGGACAUCUCUGAAGAUAACGUGGUCACUUACCCCAAGAUGAAUAUCGAAGUCUUCAACUCAACAAAGCACCCUGAGUCAAAUGCUGAAGAAUUCCCCACAGUGAGUAUGGAUGCCUCUUCAAGUGUUGGACCAUCCCCCGUUGUAAGCAAGGAUUCAUCACCUGCUCUGAGCACAGGAUCAUCCUCCUUUGCGAGUGUGGAAAUAUCUCCUGUUGUUAGCAUGGAUGCCUCACCUGAAGAGAGUAUAGAUACCUCACCAGAAUUAAGUAUGGACUCAGCAAGUGCUGUGGCCUCAGAAGCAAAUAUAGAAACAUAUCUUCAGAUCAGUGGGGAAUUAAACCUUGAGGCAAGUGUGGAAGCACAACCUGACAAAAAUGUUGAAGCAUCACCUGAAAACCCAGAAGUGGACAGAAGAAACGUAAAUCUUACCACCAAGAAACAACUACCAUCCCAGAUACCAUGUUACAAAUGGCCAUCAUCUCCUGCACUUGGGUGGCGCCCACCUUCUCCCAUGAAGGCUGUGCAGAAUCAAAAGAUCCGAACUCCAUCCCCUCUACCAGUCUCACCAAGACUAUCAACGAAGACUUCUCUAUCAUAUAAAGUAACCCCAGUUCAGAAUAUCCUAUAUGUGCCAAAUGCAUUAGGUGUGAUAGCAAAGAAAAAAGAAACCAUCCCAAAGCGUAUGAUCAACACAGAAUCUGGUAAUAAAAGUGUGCCAAGCAGUGAAGCAGCCAUGAAAGUUUCAUUAGAGAUACACCAUACUGCUUAUGAACAAAAAGGCAAACAAGAGAAAGAAAGAAUCCAGAAAGAGAUAAAACAAAGUGUUGCUAGAAAAUCUGAAUGUAUGGCAGAGAGAAUGGUUGAAGUCCCAGCAGAAGUGUUCUCACCACACAAAGAUGAGCAGCAAGAAGAUCUGACAAAGAGACGUUUUGAGCCACCAGAAGAUCAGAAAGAACAACUACAGAAAGGGAACAAUGACAUGAUGAAAUCUCAGGACAGUGCUGAAAAGAGAAAGAAGGAACAGGAAAGAAUUAUGCUACAAAAUUUGCAAGAAAGAUUAGAAAGGAAAAAGGGUUCAGAAAUGGUUGAUAAAUCUGAAGAGGAUGAAGCUGAUGAUGAAGGUGAAACAGAAAGUGAUGAGGGCUCCCUUGAGACACUUUCAUCAGGAAUGAAAACGCCAUUUAGCAAACUCAAAAAGUUUUACAAAAAUUCCAAGAGAAGGCCUCAAAAGCUAGUGUUUCUGCAAGCAGAAUCUGGUGAGGUUGAUACACAGAAGAAAAUAUUUUUUAACGGGAACAUGAAAGCUGCCAAACAAAAUGAGCCAAAAGAAUCUACAACUCAAGUGAAGGCCUCCAAGAUACCUACCAAGAAACCACCUACCCGGACAGUGAGAAGCAGAAAAACAAAGGAAGCCAACUCUACCAUCCAAUCUUCUCUAAGUGUCGCCACCAAUCAGGAGUGGAUUUGUGACAAAAUUAUAGACCUUAGUCACACCACUGAAUCACCUGUUAUAAAGACCGCUGCUGGUAGCAACAAACAAAAUUUAAAGGAUUAUGUGACAACUUGCCAAGGUCCUCAGGCACCUUUGGACCACAAAAACCGAGGCAAACCUGUUUCUGCUCCUUUGACGAAGGUUUUGUCUCACCUUCACAUAGCUGGAAAAGCAACCGAUCUUGCAAAUCCCUUUGCCUCUGGCUGUCCCAGGAUGGCGUUUGGAGGACAGGAAGAAGAUAGUGGUGAGUCCGUAGGAAUGAUCUAG